AUGGAAUUUAAAUUGGCAAUUGCCAACGAAAAGUUGGCCAUAUUUGACGAUAAAAUUAAGGACAAAAACGAGAUAAUUGAGGCCUUAAAAAUGUCUAAUAACGUUUAUAAAUCAGAUUAUAAGGAUAGAUUGGAUGCUCAGGCAAGCAUAAUUAAAAAACUAGAGGAGGAAUUGUCAACCUUAAGAAAAAAAAAGUUAAACUCUAGCCAAGAUCUUGAGACAAACAUCAAUAAAUCAAAGAAAAAGGUACUUAUUUCUUCCCUCGAAGCUCAGAUUAAAGAGAAGACUAAAACUGAAAGAGACAACUCACAACAUAUUAAAUCCUUAAAGUCUCAGAUAGGCGACAAUGAUGAAAAGCUAAAGGACAAACAAGAUCUUAUAGCAACACUCGAAGUUCGUUUGAAAGAAAGCAAUAGGAAAAAUAUUGAAAACGAACAUAUGAUCCGCGUUCAAAUUUGUAGGAUAAUUUCUGAAGAGAAGGAAUAUAAAUCUCUUAUAGCAUCCCUCAAAAAUCAUUUAGGCCAAAAAAGCGAAACACUGGAAAAAAAUAAAGGGGUAAUAUCUUCACUCAAGGCUCAAAUAAAGGAGAAAGAUAAAAUAAACAGUGAGGAGGCGGAGAUUUAAGAAAAAGAUCACCAAAUUUUUUAUUUGGAACUGGGUCUAAACCAGUUGCUACCUUAUGGUGAAACUGAAACUGCUAAUCAGGAAAGACUGAAAGAAAUCCAUAAGAUUAUACCAUCAGAGGGUCAAAACGAACAACAAAUUUCCAACGCUUUGUAA